UUAAAUUGUUUAAAGAUGCCCCGUCCUUUGUUUCAAAGAAAUGGUUGCUGGGACCCUCUACAGGAAAAGACACAAAACCUUUUCAACCAAAACACCGACCUCCCCUGUUUCCUCGAACCAGAUGAGGUUAGCUGGAUAGAAUCAGCAAGGAAAAGAUUGGGGACUUCAACCUGGCCAGGAUCUAUGCGUUUACCUCUCUUCAGCUCUUUGUGCAUGGAGAUACCUCUCUUCAGCUCUUUGUGCAUGGAGAUUCCACCUAAACCAUGUACUGGAUCAGAAGGAUGUGUUUCUGAAUCAUUAUAUGAACAAAUGAAAGGACAGCAAAACUGGAAAGUGUGUCUAGAUGUCAGUCCAUUUUCUCCAGAGGAGAUAAACAUCAAAACCAAGGAGGGAUAUUUGGAGAUAAUGGGUAAUCGUGAGGAAAGGCAGGAAAAUCACAGGUUGAUCUCCAGAAGCUUUACAAGAAAAUACAAGCUUCCAGCUGACUUAGACCUAAAACAGAUCAACUCCAUGCUGUCUCCAGAUGGUAUUCUCUCAGUUGAGGCCCCAUUGCCUGGCUCUAAUAUCAGUCUCCCUGGAGAGAUCGUCAUCCCUAUUCACAUGAUAGACAAACAGUUACCUGCAAAAUCAGAUGAGCUGUGCCUAACUGGUGACAAGUAACUUACAGUUCUAGUUAAGGGUUAGGCAUAGCCCAUCUGAUUUAAUAUGUAUGUGUACAUAUGUGUGUUGAAAGUAAUGAAUGUGUUAAACCUUUUGCUUUUGAAAGCUAACAUUAGAAGAAUUUGUAAAUACUGGCUUUGCAUGAAAAUAUUUAUCUUAUUAUGAAUUAAACAUUACUAGAGAUAGUAAUAUGCUAAAUUGAUGAGUUCUGCUGUUACUUUGGUUUAAAUACCAUUAUGCAAUACAUAAUUUGUGCUGUAUAAGAACUCUUAAGAUAAUCACUCCUAUGUAACCAGUAAGUAAUAAAGAGAGAUUUUAUUUUCCAGUUCACAUUCUCAGGCUAAAAAGAAAGAAAGAGGCUUCAUAUGGGGCUUGUGUCAUGUAAUGCCAGGACAAUCCUUUUGAUUUUGAGAGACUAUUUUAGUACAUCUGUUUUGAGAAUGGUGGAAAUAAUAUAACAAUUUGAAUCUGACUUUGAACUGAAAUUGUCUGGGAAAAUCAAUAAAUAGGAAAGCAAAUAACUAAAUCUGAUCAUGCAGCUGAGUAGAGCUUCAGAUGGUGCUGGUAUUUAAAGCUGUAGAGCUGACACCAGAUUCUCAGUGCUUUUAACUUCACACUACCACACUGCUUGUGAGGAAGGUCAUGACACAGUCAGUUAUGAAACAAAGCCUUCCUUCUUUGGUUUCCUUCUUGGGGUGUUUAGAAGUAUGGAGGCAGGUUUCUUCUUACCUCCACAGUUUUACCUUGACUAUUUUUGUAUGUGUUCCACAGCUUUCAUCACAUUACUCGGGAGCAGUCAUCAAAUGACAUGUCUCAGUUACACUAGGCACGGUAAAAACAGCAAUGUGUUGACAAAUGCUCAGUAUUUUCCCUUUUUCUGUUACCUUGAUUUAGUUAUAAAUUGGCCAGAUGACAUAUCCUUUUUACUCAAAGAUCUGUGUUGCUGACAGAUUAUCAAGCAUAUUUUAUAUGUAUAUAUCUAGCUGGUUUGAAUUUGUUGCUUAGGGCACAAAACAGCUUUAUCUCUGUCAUUCCUACAAGUUGUUGAGGGAUUUUACACAAUCAAAUGACAGUAUGUUACAGUCAAGUAAUGUAAACGGCUAUUAAAAACCUGACAGUAUAAGGAUUUCUUUAUUUCCUGGCUCAGUUAGUCAAUUAUGACUUAAUGCAUCAUCAGUUGUAUUUUACAGAGGCUGAGCCUAUUACAAUUCUUAUGAUGAUUGCUGUUAGUAUAUGGCAGAUUAAAUUACGUGCUGGAACUAGGCCUGUAAAUAUACACCAUAUAACACCAGGGCAUGUAGAACCGCCACUUGGCACCAUCAUUUAAUUUACUGAGUGCACACAUGGUGGACAUGCCAGAAAUACGGCCCAGGGAGUCUCCAAUUACAUGACAAGUCUUAAGAUAUUCAGGAGGAAAGAGGGUGUUGAAAUAGUGAUAAUGCCAGGGAGCUCUGCAGGGGCCACUGCAUACGGUGGAGUCUGUGGUAUGAGCAAGUGUAAUGAGUGAAUGAAGAUUUUUGGCACAAUAAAAGAUUAGUUUGUCAACAUGUUCACAAUUCAGUGUUACGUGCACAACAUAAAUAUGUGAACAUAUCUGUUAUUUGCAUAUAGGGUAGUCUAGUUGCAGUUUUAGGUGGGGAUUUUUGUGUGUGUGUG